AUGUUGCAACAUGAAAUCAGUAAAUCAUUUUUGCUUCUGUUGGUUGGUUUGAAUAUUGCAGCUGCAACGAUUUAUCCACCUGACAAAAAAGAGUCGAAGAGUUUGUCUCGUAAGAAACGCUAUGUGGCAUUCCCUGAAGGGUCGUCGGUAUCCGCUGCUAUAUGCAUGACAGUUGGAGUAAUUGGUAAUCCAAAUGUGAAUUAUCUGAGUUGGGCUGUAAAUUGGGGUGUGGCAUAUGACUUGCCAAAUCAUACUUGGGUGCGACAACACGCAAACGGUUUUAAGACUGAUCUAACAAAUACGAAACAAGUCGUACUUCGAAGAUCUAGAAGAGACUUGUACGAAAAAAUUGAAUUAGCAAUUAAUGACAUGGGUUUCAAUGGUCAUGCAUGCAUUGCUCGUGCGUUAUGCGAAAGUUCCAAAUACUUAGGUGCUUUUAGAAGGAAACGUGGCAAUAUGAUUGAAGAAAUUGUCAAAACCAUUUUCAGUUUACCUACGGAAAAUGUCCAUUCACAUGAACCACAGGCAGUACAUCAGUAUGAUCGAAUUUACCGUCGAGCAAAACGUGAGGUUGUUGAUUGCAGCACAAAAUAUGCUGAAUGUCAGUUUUCAUUAUUAGAGCUGGCACUUGGAAAGUAUUUGGUGCAACCUAACAAACAUGGUCCAUUCGUACAACCUAUGAAUAGUUUUAUGUAA